AUGGUAGCUAACGUUGGCUUUUGUGCUUGUUUACUCGUUCUAUUGAUUGUUGCAAAUUGUGCUUAUGUUCGAGCACGACAUUUGAGGCAUUAUGAAAAAAGAUGUGCUGGACUUUAUGAAAAAUGUUCAGGCAUAUUUUCUAAAUCAUGUUGUUCUGGUUAUGUAUGUCAUAAAAAUACAGGAAAAUGUGUAAGUGAACGCUCACCAGGUUCUGGCUCAUCAGGCACAUGGGUAGGUGAUCGAAAUGGCAAAUAA